GUCGGGGUGUCAAACUUGAAUUAAAAAAAUAAUAAUACUUUCAUUCUCGAGUUUCUUGAAUUUUUUAAAAUCAUGAAUACAAAAAUUGAGAAAACGUAUUCCUACGUCAAUCUGUCUGAACUGUCAAACUGGUCCUAACUAUGUACGGUCAAUCAAAACGACUCAUUUAAUGUUAAUGUUUUUUGUCGAAACAAGUUGUCAAUCUCAAAUCAACGUGUAUUGUUUUGGUUUCGGAUACACUCGCAAACUGUCGAAUCGUUCUGUAAUUUUCAUGUGAAAAUUGCAUGAAAUUGUCAGUGAAAUGCCCGUUUUCAAGCUGGAAAGUUAUCCCUUCGUGUGCCGGAUGUGUCUGAAGCCGGAACAGUCCCUGAAAAUGACACCGCUGGACACCGAGGACGAAGGCUUCGAGGGAUGUGCCACCUUCGAGGAGUUUUUGACCACGAUCACGUUCGAGGUUGUGGAGGAAAGGCGCCAUCUGUUUCCGCGCUCAAUAUGCCCUCAGUGCAAGGAAUCGCUCCAAAACUUUGCACGAUUUCGCGCCAAAACCCGCAACGUGCACCUGUUUAUGAACGCACUAGCUGAGCUGCGGGACCUCAACACGGCACCGAUUAAGGAUCUUUUCCAGACGCAACCAGACACCGUACGGUCGAUGCUCACGGAGCUGGAUCUGUGCAGCAAGGCAGACUGCCAUGCGGAGGAUCUGAUUGAAGAAUUUCCACAGUUUCAAAUUGCUCAGCUUCCGGCUACUUUGAAAGAUACUUCUUUUAACGAAGAAUUUGAAGUGAAAAUAGAAGUGGAGCCGGAAAAACUCGAAUCGGACGCUUUAUUUACCGAGCAGUGCCCACUCGAAGAGCUGGUCGAGCCGAAGAUCGAAAUUGUCGAUGAAAUAAAUCAAGAGGCAGGAUGUGAGCUUCUAGAACCAACCGGCGAAACAUUUGACCUUGAAGUAAAACCUACUAAGAAAAGAGGAAAAUACAAAACCAAGACUUCGAAAGAGCCAUUGCAGUGUCCAAAGUGCCCGUACACCACAACCCGAAAGACGCAUUACAAUUCGCACCAACGGACCCAUCUGAAACGGGAAAGUCGGAGUUACCCGUGCCACGCACCUGGCUGUACGGAGAAGUACCCAUCCCGAGUAGCUUUACAAAAGCACAUGGUGGAGGCUAAGCAUACCGCUUGUGUUUGUGAGAUUUGCGGUUACCAGUCUUCUUCAAACGGCCAGCUGAAGGAUCACUUGGUACGUUUUCAUGGCAACGACCGACUCAAGUGCGAGUACUGCCAGAAAAUCUUCAAAGUGAAGCAAGACCUACAGGAACACGUCAAGGCUGUUCACCUUGGAGAAAUCGUGUUCAAAUGUGAAACAUGCGGGACGGAAUAUCGUUCAAAAACGGCACUUAGAAAUCAUCAAGCGAGACACAGUGACGUUUACAACUUUCCGUGCCAGCAGUGCGACAAAAAGUUUAAGGUUAAGAUCCUACUGCACAAGCAUAUACAAUCAGUCCACAAGGAAGCGUCGCUGGAGUGCGAACAUUGCUUCCAGAUGUUCCACUUUAAAUUUAAGCUGCUGGACCACAUCGAGAACGUGCACAAGAUUCGGAUGCGCUUCUUCUGUGAUGUUUGUGUGGCUUCGUUUUACAGCCAGGACGAUCUGGCGACCCACAAAGCUCGCCACGAUAGUCCCAAAAAUCUCGAGUGUGGCCGCUGUUUGAUUGUAUUUCACGCGCAGGAACAAUUGUCACAUCAUGUGUGCAUCACGUACAGGGACGAUUACGUUUGCUGCGGAAAAGAUUUGCGGCAUCAUGUGCAGUACAACAGGCACAUGAUCAUCGAGCAUGGCGUCAAGAUGAACGUGCGCGUUAAGCCGAAUCCGGACCUUUUGCUGGGGCAUAUACGCACCAAAAGGAAACGAGUCCUAAGCUGCCCAAAGUGUAAGAUCAUCCUUCCCACAAGAACACAAAAGAAGAAGCACCAGGAAACAUGCAUUGGAGUAGAAACACAAAAUUGAGUGUGCUCUUUUCUUUUAACUUUAUUUUCACAAACUUUAAAAAUAAAGAAAAAUAAAGACGUAAUCCAACGUCAUCUAGUUUUUGCUGACUUUUUUGUACACUGUCAAUCUGAACGAGUCAUUUUGUUGAUACGCUC